AUGACUGUAGAAUUACCUUCGUCAUGUUUCUUGAACGGCCUGAUUGAUGUGUUAGCCAUUAAAGAAUGUAAAAACAGUCAAGUACCGUGUGGAAAUUGCAACAAGAAAAGCUCUGAGACAUUUUAUUGUUUCCAAUGUUGCACAUUUUUUUGCCAAGAAUGCGUCAUUGGACACAACAUCAUGCGGAGCAACAAAGAUCACCGCGUUCUGGCGCUCAAGGAUUUUCAAGAGAGGGACUUUGAGGAUGUAAUGAAACGACCCAUGUACUGCUCGAAGCAGCGGCACGAGAAAGAGGAACUGAAAUACUUCUGCACGAAUUGUACUACGGCAGCUUGCCAAAGCUGUGUCUUAAUAUCUCAUGUGGGUCACGCCAUAGUGCACCUCGACGAAGAAGCUGAAAAACAAAAGAUCCAAAUGAAAUCACUGAUAGAAACAAAGAAGAGUGAUUUACAAGCAAGAAUAAACAUUGUACGACAACUCAACGAGGACUACGAAAAAAUGAUACAAAGAGAAGAAGACUUAAAGCGAGAAGUACAGGAGUUUGUGGACAAUUUGUUUGCAACUGUUGAAGCGAAGAAACAAGCAAUAUACGAAGCAGUAGAGAGAGAGACGAGAAAAUCGCUCGAAAUUAUUGCAGGACGAAAAACGGAGAUCGAACGUCAAAUUGACUUAAUCGAAUCAUCGUUGGAGAAAGCUGAUAAACUGAUGAUACGAAGUACAAACGCCGAAGUCGUGCGACUGAUGAAAUCAUUAGAGACAAUAUUUCAGCGAAAUGAUCAAAACCAACUAGUGGACCUCGACCUGAAAAAGCCUCCUUCUUCAGCUUUUGUGGAGAAUCAAAAGCUGUUAAACACUAUUGAAGCCGAAGAAAUUGGAUCUUUGCGAGUGGUACACGACACAAAAGCAAGCCAGUCGUCCGUUGCUGAAGGAAAAGGACUUGAAGAAGGGAUUGUUAACCAUAUAGCGCAGUUUACUUUGAGUGCAAGAGACGCGGAAGGAAGAUAUUGUCACAAUGAAGAUGAUCACGUAACGAUGGAGAUCAUGGACGAACAAGGACGAGAAUGCAUGACGGAAGUGCAAAUAGAGGACAAUAAAAAUGGACUCUAUCAGAUCAGCUGUUCUCCCAGAGGAAGGUUUAAAGUAACAGUAAAGGUAAACGGACAACAUGUUCAAAACAGCCCUUUUACUCUAAUAGGAAAACGAUACCAGUUCAGAGCUGUGUCGUCUUUCGGCGAAGAAGGUUCUUCUGUGGGAUUGUUUAGUUUUCCAUGGGGGAUAGCAGUGAAUGCCAGGGAUGAGAUAGCUGUAACUGAUUUUAACAACCACAGAGUACAAAUUUUUAACAAGAAUGGUAAUUACUUGAGAUCAUUCGGUAGGGAAGGUGACAAGGCGGGAGAAUUUAAAUAUCCGACUGGGUUAGCAUUUCAUGAUAAUGGGAAUAUUCUUGUGGUAGACCAGUGGAACCACAGAAUCCAGAUUUUUAGUGGGGAGGGUCAGUACGUGGGCAGUUUUGGUGGAAAAGGAAACCUCGAUAGUCAGCUCAAUUUUCCUCGAGGUUUAUCGGUAGACAGUGAUGGAAACAUUAUUGUUGCUGAUACAGAUAACAAAGUGAUUAAGAUCUUUUCUCCUGAUGGCACAUUUCUAAUGAAGAUAGGUGGACAGGGGGCUUUUACUUUUCCUGUCCACUGUGUCCAGUACGGUACAUACCUCAUAGUGUCAGACCAAAAUGAGCAUUGUAUUAAAGUUUAUGACAGGAAUGGGAACUUUCAGUACAAGUUUGGAGAGCACGGUGAAGGGGACGGGGAGUUUAAUCGUCCCAAAUGUUUGUCUAUGAACAAGACAGGACUCCUGAUGGUAUGUGACUCAUAUAAUUAUAGAAUACAAGUAUUUGAACUAAAUGGAAAGUUUGUCAGUAAUUUUGGAACUAGAGGUGGUAAUUUAGGCGAACUCAGUUGUCCAAUGUCUCUGGCGGUUCUUGCUUCAGGGGAAAUUGUUGUCGCUGAUAUGGUCAACAAUCGUAUUCAGAUAUUUGAGUAA